CCGAGAGGUCGGGUUAUUUGUGACGGAAGUGGGAAAAAUCUGUUGAAAAGCGACACACACACGCUUUCUUGUCAUUACAUAGCCCAAGCUUGGACACUUAAGACCCACUGAAGUGGUAUACGUAAUCGGGUUAGGUCAGGGUUUGAUUGAGACUACGGCUAGAGACUGUAAGAACCUAAACAACAUCUUGGCAUGUUUCACUCAAGGCAGGCUAACUUACAGCUGUUAGCUUCAGCGGCGUUUUUACUGCUAAUUUCGCAGGCGGCCUCGACCGCACCUGGACUUGAAGGUUUGUAGGGCCUAGCAUUUUGCCUAUACCAGGCUAGGUGGCUGUAUUAGCCCGUAGGAGAGCUAUUUAGCAGUCACUAACUAACACUGUCUUUACUGCAGGGAGUCUGGUAUCAUGCUCUGUUGAGAACGAAGUCAUUGACCUACCAAUUGGGCCGGGAAAUCCUUGUUUCGUGUGCCGAUGUAAGGUUUGUGUGAACGCUUUCUUUUUUCCUAUCAAGGUAUUCGCCUUAGGACGUGACAACACAAUGCACCGUCGUUCGAUAAGGAAUGCAUGCCCAGAUGACACGAGUUUGGCAUGAAACCGAAGCAGAUCUAUAAAAAGGCAGCAAAGGGUUUUUAUAGGAUUAGGAAAUGACCAAAAAUGAUGUUCAAAUUUCAACGUAAACAUUCGGAGGGUGGAAACCCAAAGACGCGGUAUUUACAUUUCACACGGAAAAAAGGUAAUUGAUGAAAACCCGUGCGCGUGUGAAGAAGAUAAUGCACUCGCGGUGCCUGAACGAGAAAAGACUAAAAUACGCGUGCAAAUAUUCCAAUUUUUGUCCCGCACAAUAAUACCGUAUUGAUUUGUUUGGUUGUUUCGGUUAUGAGAACUAAUUACACAUAAUUGCAGAAACACUUGGUGGCACUGUAUUCUUUAUUUAGAUAAAACACCCAGGCACCGCUACAUAAAACACGCGGCCCGUGUAUCUAUUUUGUAUACAUUACGAAAUAUCCAAAAUUGAAAGUAACGUAAUAUUGAGCCAGAACGCUUUUUCUUAUCAGCUAAAGGUCGAAGCGAUUCGGUCGGUGGAAUACUUACUUUUGAAGUGCUCAAAUGACGAUGUCGUUGGUAUGCAAAGUAAAUUGCUUUACACUCAUGACGAAGUACGUAUAACGUCAAGUUUCAAGUUUCUCACAUGUAUCACAAAAAAGGAACAAUCAAAGCACUUAUAAAUCUUUCAAGCUUGACUUACAAGUGAAACAAAAACGAGAGCUAUUUCAGUAAAGUAUAUACAGCCAGUUUCGUAAAUUCCAGAAGCAAAUCAAAUUGCAGGAAUUCGCUCAUGAAAAAAAGCGGGAAAAAAGGAACAUGCACGCAAUCCUUUGGCAAGGCCUCUUCUCAGUGCACGUUAAAAAUUGAAUUUUCUUUCAGGAAGAAAAUGUGCUGUGAUACGUGGCCGUAGUAAUGACAUUUUUGCUUUAAGUGCGUGCUUAAAAGGUUCUGUUUGGUAUCACGUGAAAAAGGUUUUGAGUAUAUGCAAGAGUGUUCUGAAGAACAGCACUCCUAAUGAAAGCUGUCAACAUCAAGACUCGUGACAUUGCUGAAGAAUCUACAAACCAUUCCUUAACCCUGUUACUUUUAAACUGGUAACCAUACGAACACUUCAUCACAAAAAUCAAACUUCUUUCAAGUCUUCUUGUCUUUAAAAUCCUCAGAAAUAAAUAGUACCACGCAAACAUUCUGCCAAAGGAGUUUGAUUUCAAUGGUAACCUCAUAGGAUUUCGGCGUCCACAGGCUUAAAUGUUCGAGCGACAAGUAAUCCAUGAUGUGGUCUAGGACUAAAAGGGUUAACCUUGAACCUUUUGGUUUUUACAUUACGAUGUUGUCAAAAGAAUAAAGAACCUCUUAACUGUUAACAGACCUCAAGAGUUAUUUCAGUCGGGUGAGAUGGACAAGAAAAGGUUACAACGUUAUAGUCAAUGGAGGAACACCUAUCAUAUUGCCAUUCAAAUUAGACCUCUUUGGCAGUACGUUUGCAUGGUACAAUUUAAUUUACGAGAUUUGUCCAAAUGAAAGGUGAAGUUUUUUCUAAUGUUUUUUUCACUCUCAUGGAAAGGAUUGACAGGCUAAUAAGUACAAAAAAUGACCUGUCACUGAUAAACAAUCGAACGGAUGGCAGAAGAAUCUAAACCUUUUAAACACUGUUACACUGCACACGCCGCAUUCCUUUCCACGUUAAAAAGAGUAGUGUCGCGGUUGUCGAUUUCAUUUUGUUUCAACAAAAUAAUAAAGCCAGUUAAGCGUCCUUUUUUGCUAUGAAAUUUGAGGAAUUACUAGUGAAUGGCCAAAUCACAGCUUUGUGUCGAAGGAAUAUGUCUCCCAAGCAAUAUAUCAAACGUUACGAGCAACAAAAAUGAACUUUAAAAACCAAACCGUUAGGCUGAGAAGUUUCAAAAAGCUCAAUUGCAAUCCCUUUCGAUCUUCUCCAAAUUUGUGCUUCCAAAUCUGUGCUUCCUUUGGUAUUUGCUGUGCAUAAAAACCUGUGGAGUGACCAUUCAAAUGAAACCUCUACAGCAAUUCUCUCAUGGUACUACUUAAUUAGGUUUAGUUCGUUUACUUUGGAGUCUGUGUAAAGAAACCAGUGGUGUGGUAAUUCAAAUGAAACCUCUCUGAGAGUGCUUUCCAUACUAUUUAUUUGUCUGCAAGCAAAGUGAAAUUUGGAUUUUUUGCCGAUUUUUGUAUUCAUCCACUCCUGGGAAAUAACUUUUCAACGAUCAUAUGGCGAUCACGGAGAUCAAUGUGGACGGUAAUGACCGCUGAGUUAGACUUCAGUUUUAUCAAAGGCUGGUUCCCAUGAAAAUCUCCACGAUAUCGCGACACGAUCGUUUAGAUUGUCAGCGAUCAUCAAAGAUGGAAACCACGCUUUGAACACGCAGUUGCACAAGCCUUACUACGAAACGGCCCUUGUUGUGUUAGUCUGGCAAAACGGCGACACCUGUCUUGUCAUACUGAAGAAAAAUCACCUCUUGGUCGCACCCAAUACGACCUCCGUUUAGUAGACAGUAAGUGCUGCACAUGACUGCUUUUUUUAUGAUAAAUACGCAUUUUCCGCGCAUUUCAUUCUCCGAGGAAUGCUCAAACUUGAGGAACAAUCCAAUAUGAGUGGAAAAAUACAGAAAAAGGGGGUACCAUUUGAAAAGACAACGAAAAAGAUGUAGUUAAAAUGGUUACAUCGCAGAAUUUCCUCGGUUCAUAAACUCGACAACUAGAAACGUACGGCAUUUCACCGCGAGUGAAUGAAGCCGUGUUGAGUAUGGUUUGCAUAAAUCAAAUUUUUGAGAAUUCUAACUAAGUCAGGCUUUUCAAGCGAGAAUUGCUAUGUAUUCUUUUUCUUCUCCAACCAAAUAAGUCAUACAGAACUGAUGAAAACAAGAUAAGAGGAACACCACUUUCGUCUGUCGUCAAACUUAAAUGAACCUGAACUAUUCGAAGAAUUAAUUUCCCGUGCCAAAUACCAAAUUACUGUUCCUUUCACUAUGAAUACUAAAAAAAUAUAACAGACUAAGGUCGAAAGUGAUAAAAGCUGGCAAGGGACCAUAGAAAAUACGAACCAAUGAUAAUCAAUAAAGUCGAUGACUAAAAGACUCCAGACACCCGAAGUAAGAUUCUAUUAUCCGAGUCUUUUAUCAACAAAAAUGAAAUUAUUAUUUAUUUCUCUUUGGCGAGAAGGUGCACCUUUCAUUGUUCCAAAUAUGUUACGCACAAAUGUCCAAGCCUUUCUUCCCGGAUGUUCGGUCCAUAUGUUCUAGGCGUUCGAUUUCGUAACAGAUCUUUAAAAAAUUCAAGAUUUUCCUCAUAUUGCUUUAACUGGUGACACGUUCCACAUUACAAAACAUUAAGUUUUAACUCGUUCUUCUUAUUCCGGAUGAAAAAGUGAGAACAACUGUAAAUGUUAUAAGGAAGUUUCGAGAAUAGAAAAUUAAAAAAAACGCUAAAUGGUUAAUUCGAGAAGGCACUUCCUAUCUUCCCACACACCAAAAUUUCAAGGAAUAAUGCUUUGUUUCUUUUUUGUAAAAUACUAAAAAACAAGAAGUACAAUGUGAAAGAAAUGCUGAAGAGGUUUCAUUUGAAUGGUGACACCGCAGGAUUUUGUUCAGAGAUAGAAAAAUCAGUACAGCACAAUGACUCUACCAGAUAAGCUGGCGUUUAGCGCAGAGGCGUGUAUAAAUGGAUAUGAAACUGAAAGACGCCUAACCCAGGGAUGUGACGGUAGCGGAAAGUAAAUAUUGGGGCAAAAUUAGCCUCUAAAUUCUGGCACGCGCAAUUUGGCAAACUUUGCCCUCGGAAAUCCGCUAAAAGACUGCGCUCUCCCGCAUGUAAAAGGUUCACAGUCGUCUUUUUAUCAGUGCUUAUAAAAGACGGCUAAAAACUUUUGAUUUCCAUUAACACUGAUGUCAAAAUUCCACGAAACGGCUAAAAAAGAUAGUUCUUUUUGUUUGUUUUUCCCCUACUCAAUUACUGCAGCUGUCUCAUUUUUAAAUACCCAAGAAAAAAUAGCCAACCUUUCGACAAAGCAAUUAUUCUUCUCUUCGAUCAAAAUUGGAUUGGUAGAAUUUUAGCAACUGUGGCUGAUAUACAUGUAACCCGCUUAACUUUAACUGUUUGUUGAAAGGUCAUUGUUGUCUUCUCAGUGUAAACAAUUUCUAAGCAUGAAGUGGAUUAAACAACAAGAUCAGAAGAAUUGACCCAAUUGGAUUUCGGUUGUCUGCUCAACUAUAAAAAUAUUUCAAAGCCUACUAUCACUCUAAACAUCUAGUUAGUUCUUUCUGGCGACUUCUUCAACUUCAAAUGCAGAGAAGUGGAAGGAAAGAAAAUUAAUAGAGCCAAUCAAUGUAGCAUCGAGGAGUCUUGACUAUUCACACUUUAGGGAGUGUUUCGUGCAGGUUAUACCCUUCGCAAUAGUUUAACACAACGUUCUCAACAAACUCAUGUGUCCAGGCCUGAAAAUGCAACAAUUUUUAGGAUUAACGCCGGCUUUGUUACACAAACACGACUGAUUAAAUCAGUGGACAAAGGAAAUCUUUCCUGAACACAAAUGUCUAAGUAUAGGCUCCUCAACCUUCAGCGGUUUGUCAGUCAUCAAACAUAUCAUUUUUUCCAGGCCGGUAGCUGAGGAAUACGUGAGACUAUUAGUUGCUUGAGAGUUAUAAAUGGAGGCACACGCAAGCUAAAGUUUUAACUGCAAAUUCCAUUCGCUUCCCAUCUAAUUGGACCUCAAAUUUAUCUUGUUUAUGAGGCUCCCACAGUCUAUACAAAUUGCAUUUGCAUAAUAAACAAUUUACGCGACUUUACAAUGUUUAAGUUCUGUAAAAAAUCAGAUUGACCUGUUUAUAAAUAUUAUCAAUAGAAAUUUUCGCUGCUUCAUCCUUCCUACUACAACCGAUCAUCUUCUGAUGCUCUUCUAAAAUAUAAGGUACAGUUUACAUUAUAAACAGAGAGGUUAAAACAUUCGAUUUGGUCGGGGACAAAAUCAUGCGUGACCCGCCCAUGCAGGUGAAACCCAUUUAUCAAAAAGUCGUGAAAACCAUGCUUUUAUAUCUCGUAUCUUUCUAUUAAUAAAUCAUUCUUGUCAUGCUUUAUCUACACUUCAUUUCUAAGUGAUGAUUUGACUUUUCAAGCCACGUAGCAACUGCAAUAUGAACAAGGUCAGCUGAGGGCCAGUCAGUACCUUUCCGCAAUCUACUAGCGACUUUACGAUCCGACGACGUGAUGGCAACGAGAACGUAAAAAUACAAUAGGUUUAGAGGGCUCAUUGUAAAUGUAUUGAUGUGUACUUAAGCGUUUCGAUGACCAAAAACAAAAAGAGAAAUUAAAAAAAGUGUUUCUACUAUUAGCAAACAGUUGGAACGGUCCGUCUUCUACAGGCACUGUCACGGCUAAACUACUAUUGGAGAUGUUAUGUGGUAUCAGCAGAAAUAACUAAGCUUAGCUUCAACCACCCAUCACUUAUUUUCAAAAAACACUUUCGGUCCAUUUACACUGUCCACUGUGGAGACAUGCGAUAUACUUGUAACUUUUGCGGCUGUGAAAUCGGCUUGAGUUGGCCAAUCAAAUGAAAGCUGCUGAGUAGUACUUCCCUGUGCUGUUCAAUUCAAGGUGGUUCUAUGGAAGACACCCUUAAGCGUAACUAAUCAAAUGAAUCGCUUUAGCAGAACUUUCGCGUCGCACUGUUUGUUUUCCAGAAUUUUAGAAAGUGAAACUUGGACUCUUUCCUCGAAUUUUUACGGAUUUCUGCUACUUUGAGUGUAAGACUUAUAAUAUCACUUCUUCAAACGUUGAAACGAAGAACCCUAAUAUCAAAAUAUCCAACCAAGAUGGGGACACGGUCCAACAAAACUCAUCCCUCAGAAUUCUGAACAAACUCCACAUCUCCAGUAAUACUUCUAGGGGCCGCCAACUUAAUCUUACGUGCUCCUAUAAUUCAAUACUUCUCCUAAUACUAAAAAACUCGCUUCAUGAUAAAGUUCAAAGAAGAAAAAGUUUACUGUCAACUCUCUCUUAAUGGACACCUCUAUAAGACGGACAUCUGCCUAAAACGGAAACCUGAGGUUGGUCUCUGUUUUUCUUUACUCAUUUUAGUUGACUCUCCAUAAGACGGACGUCGGACGCAUACAGUCAGCUCUAUCUUAGACGGACACCUUUUUGACCGGCAGUAUGUGUCCGUCUUAGAGAGAUGUCUGUCUUUUAGAGAGUCAAAAAAGGGAGUAAACAAAGGCCGGGGCCAUUCUAGAUGUCCAUUUCACAGAGUUGUCCGUUAAGAGACAGUUGUGCAGUGGUGGUGCCGAUCCCAAAGGUGUCCGUAUCAGAGAGAGUUGACUAUAAAGUAGUAUGAAAAUACAUGAGCCCUUAAAAUAGCUCUGAAGAUGAAACCCUUGUCAUCAGUGCAGGCAGGCCUCAAAUACCCCCUUCCACUAUGCCUGGUACUUUCACAAUCCGUUUGCAUAACUUACAUAUUAUGCAGACAACUUUGAGAUCGAUUUUUAUCUACCUUAAUUCCGAGGAAUUUUACGCAAAAACUAUUCUAUAGACCACGAAAUUUCGAGUCUUUCUUUGUUAGAAGAAUGACGUCAAAACGAGAUGAUUAUCUCUCAUUUAACGAUGUACUCGGUCAUAACACGAAAGGAAAUGCCUAUAAUUAACACAUUGUUUACGAUGGUCUAAUAUGUUAUCUAACAAAAAUAUUGACACAGAAAUUUCUUCUCGAUAGCUAGGUCAGAUUAUUCAUGCUCUUUCGUGCAAGGUUCUUUAUCGUAUAACAUUAUAUGUCAAGCAAGUAGAACUAGAUAAAGAAGUAAAGAGCUGAACAAGACUCUGUGAUAUUACCAUCACGUGUAGUUACUCAAUUCCACUUUCCUCAGCGGCCAAAUUUAAAUCUAAAGGGAAAAAGACCAAUUUCACUUUUGUGAAACAGUUAGAAACGCGUAGUGCCGAGUACGGCUGAGUAGUUUCAUUUGGGCGACUUCAUCCAGAGUGAAAAGCUAGAACUCCCUGGUGCAGAAUAAUGAACAGUAUCACAGGAAAGUACUGCUCAGUAGCUUUCAUUUGAAUGGUCACACCAUAGGAUUUCAUCCACAGACUCAAAAGUUAGGACCACCUUGUACAGCAUAAUAAACAGCACCUCAGGAAAGUACUGCUCAGUAGCUUUCAUUUGAAUGGUCACACUAUAGGAUUUCAUCCACAGACUCAAAAGCUAGAAACACCUUGUACAACAUAAUAACAGCACCACAGGAAACUACUGCUCAGUAGCACAAUUUAACAUUCAAAGAUACAAUUCGCCCCAUCAGAUCCAUUUUCGGAAAAGCGUUCAAACUUCAAAGGCUAUGUACCAUCUAGACAGUGAAAGAAAGCAAAAAAACAGCAACAACAGCAACAACAAGGCUGUCAACUACAGCUUCAACAAAAAGCGAAAACAACGGUAACAGCUUACUAAAUCUUAAUUGAUUUCUGUCGAGGUAAUCAUCUUGCUAAACGUAACACUGGUUUUACUACAUUUGCUUCAUUGGUGUGAACUUGGGCUUAAACUCGUUGUGAUAAAAAAAGACUAGUUACAAAUAAAGAUGAACAUCCGACAAGGAAAACAGUAAAAAACUUUAACUUAAACAAGUUCAGGGAAUCAGCUAAUUCGUUGAGGUUUGACCAAGCCGUUUGUGAAAUAGAUGACGACACAUCCGUUAUAACAAUGACAAUCCCAAGCCUAAAAAUAAUUUGAAAAAAAAAAAAUUGCCACUUUACCAGAUCGACCAUAAGAAGCUUAUAGCAAAUGGUCUCACGUUUAGUUUUUAACGCUUAUCACUUGUAUUAAAUGGGAGGUCAAAUUUGAUGCCUUUAUAUAUAAAUCGGUGAUAAUUGUAUUAGCUAAGAGGGAGAAGUCAAAGGUAUUUGAAAUAGAACUGAGCUGCUAUCUUUUUUAUAGCCAACUACGGAGACACAUGAAGACGUUUUUCUGUGGAAACAACCCUACGAUGUAGUGUGAGCAUUUAAACGAAAUCUCUGUAAAAAAAAAAGUUUCAAGACUUAAGCGUGAUGCUAUUUUGUUUUACCCUAAUCUGAAAGGAAGCGAAAUUCAGUUGGAUUUCCUGAAGUUUGCUUGUUGGUGUUUUUUGGUUUGGACUUAGGGAACAUUGCACGAUUUGAGAAAAUUAACCAGCUUUCCUUUGUUCGUCGUUUUAGAACAAAUCUGUGGAAUGCACCAAAGAAGUAUGUCCGAGACUGACUCCAUGCAAAGGAGAGAUCAAAAAACCAGAGGGAAAAUGUUGUCCAGUUUGCAGUGAAACUCGAGGUAUAGAACUAACUUGUAUCGUCUUUAGUUAAAGGGGCUCUGUCACGCUGUUUGCUUUCUUUUAACAAAGCUAAAACGUCUCGCAUCAAUUGAGUUUCAAAAAUAAUGACCCAGUUUUGUUAUUUAAGUAUAAUUUUGCAUUGGAAACUGUUUCCCGUCGUCUGUUUCUACGAACGGCAAGAAUGGAAAUGGAUUGAAACCUGAAAAAGUUGGGCCAACUUCAACUUUCGCCGUUUUUACGUCACUGUAUCGCUUUGCUUGUAAGAGCGAUACUUAAAACUAAUAUCAGAAAAUGAAACAAUUAACCCAUUAGUCUAUGUCAAAUUUUGCUUAUUCUUGAUCUUCCGAUGAAGAAAAUUAAAACGCAAUUUCGGCUUUGGGUGCGGUCAGUUUUCAUCUAUUUUAUUACGGAUGUGGCGAGUAAGCCCGGAUACAAUUCGUGCCAAAAAAUACCCUGUCCAUUUGCAAUUCUUUUUAGCGUCUUUCCGUUGGCGUAAUGAUGUUGCUGUCGAUAGAUAAUUUGUCCGAUAAACUUUCGGGCAAUUUGCCCCCCACCGGUAAACAUUUUACUCCUUUUCUUAGAAAAGAUAAGGAUAACGACCAUGUGAUAACGAGAAAUGCAAAAGUAAAGAAAAUUCUUUAAACGAAUUCGCUUGUGUCAUCAACUGAAUUUCCCGUGCAAGACGGUUCUUAUACUCGUGACCUUACAUUCGAAACUAUGAAAAUGAAACUCUUCUAUUUUCGGUUUGCCAAGAUCUGAAAAUGUGGUUUUGAUUAUUGAUGUUGCAGUUCAAUUUCUAAGUCAUAUAAUUGGGUUUAAUUUAUAACAUAUUUAGUUCUAAUGCACAUCAAAAGUAUUCCGACUGAAUGUUGAGCUCUGGUAUGAAAUCCUUUGACGGCAAACCUAAAAACGGUCAUGAAAACCCAAACCGAAUACCCCCAAUAAUGCCCUUUGUUCUUCAUGUUAUGUCGUAUUUGGUGGUCCACGUCCGUCAGGUCAGAACCCCGAUAUUGCCGCGACGAAAACUGCCUUUACCAGUUCAAGCUAUGGGUUGCUUAAGGUGGUCCGCUCUUAAAUUCCUACCGCUGAAUUAACCCAAACAAAACUGUCGAAAAGAAUUAUUUCUGUUGGUUAUGUGGCAAAAACGGCCUACGCAUGCAAAAACGCGGACAAACAAACAUUCUGAGCACUUCGUGCAUGGCUAAUCACUGUUUUACGCCUUUGUAGAGUGGGAGUCCUGCACAAAAAAACACUGAGUCAUAUAGGAAUCUGCAUUUAAGCGUGCAGUUGGUUCGAUCUAGAUAAUUUCGUUGGAAAAAAACCAACAGAAAAGCGCUGCGCCUUCUCUAGGCGCCUUGUUAAUGACAGUUACGUUAGAUAAGGCGCUCUACGCAAGCGAAAACGAGAACAGAGGGUUUUUUCCCUUUUACUGAAGGUGGUCUGCCAGGGUGGCCUAAACUUUUGGAUUCUUGAGAUUGUUCCGUUCUCACGGUCACUGGAAGACCAAAGCUAUUAAACUGAUACGCACAUUGUUUCUGUUAGCUAUGACGAGGUGGUCUACUUAAGUGAAGAUGAGGACAAUGAUAUGAACCUGAAGGAAUGAUAAGAUGGUGUAUGUAUGCGCCAGUCCAAUUAAAUCAAACCCCAGUGAUGACUGUAUUGCUCGUCAAUGCUAGUUGUAUGCCGUAGAAGAUUGUCAACAGAUGUCAGUUCAAACCGACGUAAGCAAUACGGAAAUAGGUUCUCAGUCUUCAGUCUUGAAGAUAAGUUUCUUGUCGGUUUAUUUUGCUUAAUCAGCUAUGAUCCUUCUUCAAACACAUUAGCCAGCAAAUGCACCACACGUUUAAUCCGACUAACGAUAUGAAGUCUUCCAACCUCACGCUGGGACCACAGCGAGUUAACAAGCCCACUGAUUAUUCUUGCUACAGAUCAGACCAUUAGAGGGUAUUUAGUAAUAGACUUAAAACCAAAGAGCAACACUUUAAUGCUUAUUACUACAAACUGUGUGUCUGGUUUUACAAACACAAAUCAUCCAGAACGUGACCAAAUCCUAACUUGCCCUUGGCUAGGAAAUUUUAGGGAGCUUUAGCAGCAUCGACGGCGACGGCGACGGGAAGAAGAACGUCUAAAAGGCAAUAGGUUUAGCAAGCAAAACAACAGUUCUGCCCUUCUUUGCCGUCACUACACGACUUAAAACAUAAAGUUCCCUAAUGAACAAUGAAAUGCCCAAACUUCAUAAAUAUCAAAAAGGUUUUCUGGCUAAAUUCUUUUUAAAAACACUAGCUUUCGACCGCCUAAUCUCAACUUGGUUAUUGCUAAAGAAACCUAUUGUGACGUAAAUCUAAAGGCCAACGAAGACCCUCGUCCUUAAAUCCCAACGAUCAACUAAAUUUUCGGCCAUUUAAAAUUCCAACCAUUUCCCUUUCAGCUAGUAAUUUAACUUUGCAAAUCUCAGAUCUUAGGUGUCACUAAGAAUAAAGAAACGUAUCGAGGCAACUGCACCCUAAACCACAUGGGAAACGGAAAAACGUAAGGAGUCUCUCCCUAAAAACAACAUUUAAAGGUAUAUAAACAGCUAAACCGUAAUAUUUUUUAUAGACUGAUUGGACUUUUAACUUCUGAUGCUGUUAGUAGGAAGGGAAACCGUAACGAGUGUCUAUAAUUCUAAAAAUACGUUUGCAAAGGUACAUGUAUAGGAAGUCGGCCAGACUAGACCGAUACUUCUGUGGUUAUAAUGGUCUUGUCCGUGUAGUAAUCCUUAGUUCGAUUCAUUAGAUAAAUUCGAUUAACAUUAUUUCGGAAGGACUAACCGCAGACCGCAGACUUGACUCGCCAUAUAACUAUUCUAAAAAGUACAAGUCAGUAUUAUUGAUAUAAUCGAUAUUCUCAUUGCUAAUUUGAAAAAAGUAAACAAGGAAAUCCGAACAUAAUUGACAAUGACAAAUAAGACUGCGAAUUUACUACAAACAUCCUUUCUUAAUUGAUACCAAAACAUUUUAUAGCUGAUUACCCAACCAUAAUGAUUUGUAAGUAAAAACUCUGCCACGAGAAUUGAAGGAAACUCUUUCAUCCUCGUUAUGGCUAUUCUUGAAAACGCCAAAGUAUUCAAACACAAUUUGGAGAUAAUCAGUCUGAUAUGAGAACAUCUCUUUGUUUUCAAAACUUUUUAAACAUUGAAGAUUUGGUUUGUUUACACAUCACACGUUGACGCAAGAGUAAAUACAAGCACAUGUUUUUCUACUUGAGCCUUAUUAUCCCAAACAAAUAUUAUUUGUUUAAAACAUUCAAUUUACACGAACAUUGUUCUUAACAAAUCUGACGUUAAAACAGUAGAUAUAUCAUUGUAACUGCGCAAAACACCACCCUGUCUCACACUUUUAACUUCGUAAUCUUCUAAUAAGGGUAUUCUCUCCUUAAACCCCUAUUAUCCAGAAUUCAUUUAGUCGACAUUCAGACGGCUUUUAAGCCAUGUGACGAACAAACAGGCCGCCAAAUUUUGGCGGGAAACCUUUGAUCGUUCCGCCGGUGGCGUCAACUCGACGGAUGACAUAAACAUCGGCUGUAUUCAGUAUUUCGAGCAAUAUAAUAAUAAAACAAAUAACAAAUGACUGAAUUCCGAGGUCGAUGACAGCAAAGCAACUAUAGCAAGAUACGACAAAGGAUAAAAAGAAACGCAAAACUCGAGUAUUUCAGCCACUUCAACGGUUUAACUCUGCUGAAGAGACGUUUCUGGAAAGGUUUUAUAGUUUUGGAGGUUGAAAGUCGUAGGUGGAUUUUAAUGAAGAUUAAGAAAAGAGAUUCAAUUAAAAUGGCAAUCAGACAAUAAACGAUAAGGAAAGGUCAUUUGGAACGGUUUUCUACGCCAAAACGGCCUUUAACUCUGGCAAACUUCACUCGUCUGGGACGUGAUUUAAAUAAAACAGAUUUUGGGGAUUCAAUUCUUCUGCAUUCUUCCGAUAGGUUUAGGAUUAAAAUAGACUGGGUAUUCUGCAAAAUUUUGUCUACUUUCACUGCGAAAUCCUUUCGGCCUUACGGCCUUACGGCAAGCUUUUACUUCUGGUAGCUCUCUGUUUCAUUGUAAAAUAAAAAGAUUUUAAAACUAUCACAGAUUUUGCGGGAAAAGAUAGGGAAAUUAAAGGUUGGGCCGGCACUAGCAGUAUCAUUUACGUUUUUCACCGGUAAAAGUCCACAAUGGGCAAAUUCAAUUUUCGUCCUUUUACUCCAGGUAGAAAUACUCACGAAAACAAUGAGUGAAAGUUAGGCGCUUUCUUAUAAGUGUUUAACCCUACACCGCAGAUUAGAGCUAAGCUACAAUAACCUGUUCUUUGCUCAGCCAGAGCUCUGAUAUACUUCCCAAUCUUCUGACUUAUAAGUAGGGUUUUGUUUGCGAUAGCCUCAUUGAUCAAUUGUUUGUUUCAUGCAAGUUCAUGGACCAGCUUACACAGAUGACAAUGAAAAAUUAACCCUUUAAAACCCUAAGAUCAAAAUUUGAAUUCCCAUUUGUUGCCCCUGGUCAUUUCCUACAGAAGUAGUGAAGAGAAAUUGAUUAAAUAUCCAACAAAGUCAUCUUGUGUGACCAUGUCUGUAAUUCUCAUGACCACUCAUGACCACUCUGUUUUACAAAGCAUGGGUAUCACAAGGAGAAAUUUGAUGGUGAUCACUCUUGGGGCUUAAAGAGUUAAAUACAAUAAUGCACUGUCAGGAAUCUUUAAUUUGUCAAACCAGAAUUACAAAUAGAGACUCAAAAAACUAAGAACCACCUUGUACAGCAAAAUAAACAGCACCACAGGGAAGUACUGCUUAGUCGCUUUAAUUUGAAUGGACACACCAUAGGAUUUCAUCCACAAAUUCAAAAAUUACAGCCACCUUGUGCAGCAUAAUAAACAGAACAACAGGAAAGUACUGCUAGAACCACCUUGUACAGAAAAGCAAAGAGUACCACAGCCGAAUUGAGUUUCGUGUCUGCCACAUAGGCCAGAUAUAUAAAUAGGAGUUCAAAAGAGCGUGAACGUGACCUCUUGCAAGAUGGUGUUAAUCAAAGGAAUAUACUGUAAUCCACAAUCCGUUGUUAUACUACAUUUUAUUUCCUUUCUUGAUAUAAAUUUAAUUAACAGAAAUAAGCGUAAAGAUUGCCAGAGGGCUAAUACUGUUGAUAGGGCAUACACUGUACUCAGCUCGAACAAAAAGCCUUUGAAUUAAAAGACGCCAAUAUGUCUCGACCAUUCGAUGCUAGGAAAGCCUAGGAACAAACCCACGUUGAAUAGUCGAUAAAUCAGAAGAUAAUAGUAUAGACUAAAAGAUAGUCUAUAGUCUAAAAUUUAACUUAUAAACUGGCUGAUAUGGAUAUGAAGGGAAUUAGAAGAGUAAAUACAAUAAUUAUGAAAAACAUCGACUAUAACUACUUCGGAAUAGGUUUUCAAGACUUAGGUGAGAAAAGUCGUUUUAUAUUUACCGUUAAUCUUGACAGAUUGUUUCUGGGAUUAACGCCCUGAGUCCCGAGGAACAAGCAGGGAGGGCGGGGGCUGGUGCAAACACCCCACUAAAUCCGACAGUUUCCGUAGUCCCGCCCUGCAGUAACCUACAGUCAAACCCCAUUAAUAAGGACACAGAGGGGGCCAUGGAAUGUGUCCGUAUUAAGCGGGUUGAGUUUAGAGAAAAUGUAAAGGAAUUCCCCAGGGACAAGGAAAACUGUCUGUGAUAACGGGGUGUCCGUGUUAAGCGGGUAUCCGUAAAGGAGGGUUUUACUGUACUGCUGUAAGUCGAAAUUUUUGAGAGGAAAUUAAAGAUUUAAAGGAUGAAAAAACGUAGGUGGAAAAACAUUCAGCUACUGGUUGAAAAAGGGUAGAAUUUGAUGCGUAAAACGCUAACAAAAUACGAACAAAUAAACUAUUUGAGAGAGCUACUCUGUAACUUCAAUUUCGAUUGCAGAAUCAAAAGCUAGAGUUUCAAAAAAUCACCAAAAAACGAAGUCUCAAGCAAAAGCAAUUAUCAUAACAGGUUCCUUUUCGCCUAAACUCUUUGCGCAACAAGUGACGUUGAAACCUGUACAGAACAGUAGCUAGUACACACUAAAAUAAAUGAACGAUAAAGGGGAUUAAAAGACAAGGAAGAUCUAACGACUAAAGAUUGAAGUUUCCACUACAAUCAUUCAUCAAAAUCCUUUUUUUUAAUAAUCAAAUAAUAAGUAAGUUUCAACAUAGGAACUACCAAAGAAUUAUGAAGUAAUAGGGGAAUUAACUUAACUUAAUGAAAGAUUCACGCACAGACUAUAACAGUGUAACAAGAAAAGCAAAAUAAUGCAAAGAACUAUGUUUAUUUGUAUUCUCUUCUUUGCAGAAUCAACAUCAUGUACUCAUCAAAGAAGAACAUUCAAGGUAUGACAAAUUGAGAUACAUGUAUGAAUCACUGUAUGCCAUUAACUUAAGCUGCAGUUUGCAAAUACAGUAGAACCUCGAUACGUUGAACUCGGAUACAAAUUUCACUGAAAUUUACCCUGAUAACUCGAAUUCUUUGCUAACUUGAACUGUUUUUCGUUUCCCUUUAAAGUUUGAGUUACCGCGGUUCUACUGUACCACCACCACCACCACAGUAUAAUGCUUAAAUUGGUCACCAAAAUGGUGCUAAUAUUGCUAAAAAGAACAUCGAAGUACUUGAAGUGUUAGGUACAAAAUAUUACAGCUUUACCUCGCAAGACUUAGGAUUUACCACAGUUGCGAGAAAUAAGCCGAUAAUGCCCAAGACAUUCCAGAUCUUACUAAUACAUGUACAUUCACAAAAACCAGUUAAAAUGGAAAAGACAACAAGUACUAGACAAAAAAAAAAUGUAUACUGUUCAAUGAUGCCAUAGUUUUCUAUACUUAUUAUUUUUACCCCCUUAUGCAAGACUCUCUCAUGUUAUAAAGAGCUUCAUUAUUUAUUUAUGGCAUUUUAAUUAAGUGCUGGUUUUAUAGCCCAGAGACAGCUGCAUAAAUCAUGAUGUUAAAGUACAAAACAACUAAUGUCUAUUUACACUGUAAUUCAAUGAAAGAUGCUAACAAAACAGUUAAUUUUGUUUCCAUAAAAUCUCAAUGUUUCCCUAGGUGGAGUUUCAUUGUUAGAUGUUAUGUGACCUCUAAGUAACUGAUCAUGAAGAGCGUGUGUGCCAUUGGGAAAAAAAUUUCCAGCAACAUACUCGUUAUGAUAUUGUUAUCCAAUCAUAUCAUAUCUCACUUUAGAUUUCAUAUGACUGGCCCUAGGGGGUGCUUUGACUGGCAUCAAUGUCUAACACAACAUUGAAGCUAGUCAAACCACAAAUAGCAAUCCACCACUUCAAACAAAAAAGACCAGAGUGGUAGCCUAAGCAGUACAUUACACAAAACAUGCAUUGACUCCAAGUAGCUGUUACCUGCUUAAGGUCUGUCGUCCUAGAGGGUUUUCCACCAUUUUAUCCAGUGACAGCUAAUCUUUUCCAUGCAGAAAUCCUUGAAUUGUGACUGCAGGAAACCUCUUUAUUACAGACUCUGACUCUCGCUCUGCAAGAAACUAAACUCCAUUUUAUACCCAACUUUAGAAAGUAAACAAACAUAGAUGACUUUCCCUCUUUAACCCUUUAAGCACCACGAUCAACAUACAAAUUCUCCAGACUGGCUUCCAUACAUUUCUUGAAAAAUUGGUCAGAGAAUUUGUGAAAAGAUCAAAGCAAAUUUCCAUUUAUUUAUUCUCAUAACCUUUCUACUUGAUUAAUAUACCUAUAGUGUUUGGAGAAAAUUGAUGUUGGUCACAGCUCUUGGGACUUAAAGGGUUAAGGGACUAUUAUUCCUUUGCUCAACAAUUUUCAUUGGGAGCACAAACCAUAUUAGUUUUGGUGAUUAUCAGGUAUAUUGACACCAUUAUUAUUAAUAUCAUCAUCGUCAUCAUCAUCAUCAUCAUUAUUACUUCAAAUUUCAAUCCAAAUCCACCCACGCCAUCAACACACAACAAAAAAACAGUUUCAAUACCUAAAUAUAGUCUUAAAUAACAAAACUGGACAACAAUUUUUGGAGUUCAAUAGGUAGGGGACUUGUUUUUGCAUUUAAAAAGACAGCAAAUACCCUAGCGUUACUGUCGCCCCUUUAAUGGAAACCUCUGUUUGGCACACAGGUCACUAAAAUGAGUUGGUUCCUGUCGUCCUUAAUGACUUUUAGCCACCAGAAAUAGCCCUUUUUAAGCUUAAGGCUGGUGACAGUACUACAAAUCAAUUUACUUUUGUAGAAUGAAAUCCAGGAUAAUUUUUAACCUUUGGCAAUUUCCUCCUUUGAUACAGAAUAAUGAAUCAUGGUUUGUAGAGGGUUGUCAAAUAUGCCACUGUCAAAAUACCACGGUAAAAUGUGAGCCUCAGAAAUGUUCUCCAGGAUCACUCAAAUGUCCAAAGGUAAGAGACUCAGGCACAGAUAUUUUUAGGCCAUUUAAUGCAAUUUAACUGCAUUUAAGUUAAUGCGAAGCAGCACUGGUUUGCAUCCAGUGGUUAACAGUGAGAGAAUGUUUAACUGCACACCACCCCUCACAUACAUGUACAUACACAGCCCAGGGAGGGACGGGAGGGGGGUUAUGGGAGGAGUAACUUAGGAAAGUUUGGGUGGGGACGUGCCGCUAGGAGGACCGUGGAACCGUUAGACUAUACUAGACUUAGUCCAGAGCUCUGAAUUUUGCUACCCUGUACAUUCAAAAUCUACUUUCCAGAAACUAGUGAGGUGGAUGCUUAUGUUGCUAUCAAACUGAGUUGCGGUUAAAUUCAAAUUUGCCGAUGUCAUUUUUUGAGCGUCAAUUCCGGCUUUGCUUUAGGCUACUUAAAAUCUUCAAUCAACAUUGAUCAGUUUCCAGGAAAAUCAUACUCUAUUCAAGAGCCAAACUAACCCCUUCCCAGACUAAACUGCUUGAAAAACAUACCCUUCACAGUGGCAUAUGCCUAUAUAGCCCAUAAUAUGGUACUUCCCCAACCCCUGGGCAUACAUAGCACCCUUUAAAUAAAGCAAAGAAUGUAUCCUAUGUAAGUGCUAUUAAGCAGGGCAGAUUUUCUCUUGAAAAAUUAAUGUUGGGCUACUCCUCAUCACAAUCCUGACUCUCACUCCCCUCCGUCACACCCACCUUUCCAGAUUCCUUUCCCCAAUUCCCACUGAUGACACAGUGUGACUGAUAGCCAGAUUACUUUGUUCUGAGGCUGAGAAAUGUGGGGAAUUAGCAGCAGCUAAGGGAGUUUUGCAGAAGGCCACAUUUCUGCCCAACGCUGCAUGACUCAAGCCCCAGUUGUUCAAAAGUUGGAUAAUCCAAUCCACUGGAUUUCUGACUGCAAUCCAUUGGAUUUCUUGUGGAUAACACAAAAUUGGUUUCCUUAAUACUUAUCCGCUAAAUAGUGAUUUAUCCACUGGAUAGCGUUAUCCAAUGUUUGAGCAAUCAGGGCCUGAUGUUUAGUGAUUGUUACAGGGGCGGAUCCAGGAUUUUUUUAGGAGGGGGUGCACUCGUCUCUUGUUCUACUUCAACACCAAUAAGCCACAUAGUUUUUUCUUUUGCAGAAUACCAUUUGUAUUAGAAAACCGCAGGUCAUCUCAGGGGGGGCGCCCCCCUGCACCCUCCCCCUAGAUCCGCCCCUGUGUUAGGAAACUGAAUGAAUGAAGUUCCAAAUCUGCUUGCCUGUAUAAUGCCCUAGCUGGAACUUAAUUAACUCAGUUUCCUAACCGUAGUCACUUACCUCCAUGGGCAUAGGUCAUUCGGUGACCAUUCCCCAUUUUGCAAAAUACCCCGGUCGGAUUAUUUGCCGCUAUAAGCCCGAAAUGAGCUUUUUAGUGAAAUUAAACCUAGCCUCUAAACUAAACCAUCAACGAAAGGAUAAGGUUCUUAGUUUUAAUUCAUCUUUUCACUUACCUUGACAGCCAAAAGCUAGUUCUUAACCAAAUGCAUCGAAUGAACGGUGACUCAAGAUAUCAUCAAGAAUCGAUCGAAAAGUGCGCGGUUUUUAUUUCCAUCACAUUUGAACGAGAAAUUAUCCAUCGAAGGUUCAUGUUUCCUGUUUUUUUCCCUUUCGAUCCUCAAAUCUCGUGUGUUCCGUCUUUCGAAGUUUUCAGUUUCGCCUAAAGACGGCCAAAAACUUAAAAAGAACCCAGCAGAAAAUGUUGCUUUCAACAAAAUUCGGUCCGCCAUUUUGAUUUCCAACUAACUUGGUAGCCUCUCCUUUUGGAUCCCAGGCUUCUUUAUGGCGCUCACCGUGUGACACGAACUUUUUGCGGGAACUACAGUAAUUGAUAAUCAUUGAGUACUUGCAAUGGAAAUACAUGUUUUAAACAAUACCUGUUUUUGAAUGAAAGAGACCAGAAGCCGGAUUAGAGACAAGUUGUAAUUGAACAGGCACAAAUUCUUGGUACUGUAUUUUUGUGCAGCGAAUUUAAGUUACAGAAUAUUUACUAUAGAGUAAAUUUUUGGGAGAAAAAUGUUUUGGAAAAUUUCCUUUUAAGAUAACUUCUUUUUUGCGGAUCGCUGAAAAAAUCGCAAAACUCGCAGAAAUUGGAACCCGACAAAUUUUUUAAUUUUUAAUUAGCCCCCUUGUUACAAGCUUUAAUCAUUCUACAGAAGAUAAGGGAAGAACAAUUUUAAGAGUAGCUCUUCAUAAUAUCUCAUAAACAGAGUAGAAAACAGGGGAAAAGUAUCAACAUUAUCUUAUCAAGGAAAUUGUUUGUUUUCGUUUUUGAAGGGCAAGAAACCAGGACAAGUUCCCGGCGCGUGCUGCCCACAAUGCAUCGAGGGUAAGUAGCGUUCAAAGCAGAAUGAGGUCAUGCGGGGACGAAUCCAGACAUUUUAGAAACCGCAUAUAUUAUCUGGAUUCAUGUGGAGGGCCCUGGAAAGCAGUUUCGAGGCAAUGCGGUUUCGCUGACCGGAUUCGCUGGUUUAGUGUGGACGGAGAACCGACUGGUGCAAAAAACUAUGCACUUUCAAAAGUAUCUGGAUUCAUGUACUGUAGACGUUUAGCCUAAGUUUCCUAAUUCUGGUGGAUCCCUGAGGAUGUUAUGUAAACAGGGUUAUUACCUACUCUACUGCCGUGUUGUCAUACAAUACAAUACAAUACAAUAACUUUAUUACCUCUCCCGAAUGGGCAAUUCUUAGAUAAUUUACAAAGAGUAAUUACCUUAAGUUACAAGCAUCAAUAAACACUAAGCUAAAAUCAUUCGUUACAAUUUAUAUGCUAAAUAGUUUACGCAUUACACUGUUUUUUAAAUUACUGAUCUAAGAUUAAAGAAUGUCAUCUUUUUCGUAGAUUCCAGUGUAUUGCAACGCCGAGCUUGUGAAAUUUCGGCUAAUGUUUUUGUAUCACGUGCGUUUUUAGUCAGUUCAAUUUCUUUGAUGGAUCUCUGCCAGAAACAGAUCAGCAGGAAAUACACACCAAACCAUCACUGUUGAUAUUUUUGAGGAAAUAAUUUUCAUGUUCCCGAUGCGCACUCAUGCGCGCGGAAAAAUUGCGACUGCAAAUGUCUUCAACUUGUCUUGGAGUGAGCCGGGCUGUGAAAACAUGGUACUUACACGUUUUGGGGGUAUCUGGCUCAUUCGCCCCAGGGCAGUUCGCGCAGGCUCACUGAUUCGAGCGAUCGCUUUCUUAGGGCGCUUACAUGCCUGUGGUCCCUGUUCUUGGUCAAUUCAUUUUGGUGACUACUUAAGACGAACGGCCGGAAGAAAACUCGCUAGGACCACGUGACCCGGAACUCAUAGACCGCGAGGAAUAAUGAGACCUAAGGACUAGACAAGGCCCUUGCAAGAAAUGGCUGACCAGACCAGUCCACUCGUUAGAAGAAUCAACUAUUAACAAGGACUAUCCAGCCAGAUCACUUUAUUCUUAAAUAGUGUGCACGCCAGUGAUGGAUUUAGUUAAUGUUUCGAGAAAAUAGUAAUAUUUCAUUAUCAAAAUUAUCGGUAAAAACGGCCAUUUCUGACUUUGGGAAAACGCCCAAUUUAGGAUUGCCGAUAAUCAAGCAGGUGCAUCACACGGAAAUCGAACGAAAUCAAAUUCUUACGUCGGGUAAGGCUAGAAAGAAACAGAACUCAGAUAACAAAAAGAAAAAAAUACUCAGUUUUACCCAUUCUUUUUUUCUCAUUUUUUUUUCAGAAAGUGGUGUUUGUACUUCAUACGGAGACCCACACUACCAAACAUUUGACAGACAAAUGUUCAACUUUCACGGUACCUGCCGCUACCAGCUGACGUCAGACUGUGUCAGCGAUCAAUUUACCAUACGCAUGCGCAAUGAAAGACGAUACUCUAACGUAUACGCUUGGUCCAAGGCCCUCACGAUCCAUAUGGGAGAUUCAGUAAUUGUGUUGCACAAGGACUUGCAAGUGAAAGUUAACAAGACAACAGUAGAUCUUCCCUACUAUCAUCUGCCAUAUUUUCAGAUAAUCAAGGGGAGUUUCACGAUAACGCUGGUCUCGCAGAUUGGUUUACAGGUCAGUGCAUGCCAUUUUUUUCCAAAACCACAACUAUGAUUUGCUUGCACCUUCAGGCUCUGUGCUGGAUAAAUUCGAGUUGGGUUUGAGAAUUAAUUCAGGGGCGCAGCUUGACUAUUUUUUGGAGGGUAAACAAAGAGGAUAUAUUCUUCCUCGAGGGUCGGUUGGGUCGGUGGACCAUAAGUUGUGAACAUGGUUGCACGAAGAUUUUGUACAGACAAACAUGCUUGUCCUAAGAAUUUGCCCAGACAGUUGUGACAUUAUUGAUCUCAAUCUCCUUUGCGAAUAUGAAAAACUGGGAGUGAGGAUAACUUCUAUCUUGUUGUUUUUAUCUGUAAUCUUCGACGAUCCUAGGCACUCACGUGCGUAACCGCGUACCGUUUGCUAUUUACGUGGUAUUCCAAAACCCUUACCCUAUUUGAAAUCGAAUGCAUGUACAUUUGAAUUUACCUGCCCUAACCUAAUUCAGACGUCCCUGAACUUCUGUUUUCAAGCAGCGAAGAACAUGGAGUCCUCCUAGGGUUCACAUUCUUUUCCUGCCAUUGGCUCCCGCUUCAAUAAAGCUUCGGACGGCUUGUGGUUCAUUUUAAUGCGAACUCAAUAAUGCGUUUAUUUGGCUGGUAGCCAGGCAACGAAUAGGUUCAUGGCCAAGGUGUUGACCAGGGUAACUACUUUGACCAAUGCAAUGACUGAUUUUGAAUAUGGUUUUACGAUACUGACCCUUUCUUGCGUACAGGUGCAGUGGGAUGGCAAUGGUUUUAUCGAGAUCCAUGUACCAAAGAGCUUCAUGGGCAAGGUCUGCGGUCUUUGCGGCAAUUUUAACGGGGAUUCUAAAGAUGACUUUAUGUUGAAGAAUGGCAGGCGCGCCAUCUCUGCUCAGGAAUUUGGCGAAGGCUGGUCUUUAGGAAGACGAAAUCCCGGCUGUGAGAAGCUACCAUCAGAACCGAGGGAUUCCAUCAUGUCGAAGUGUUUCAACCGUCUAAGAGUUUACUGGCGAGCACAUAAACGCUGCUGGCCGAUCAAAAAACAGUUCGCAAACUGCCACAAGAAGGUGAAGCCACACGGUUAUUAUGGGUCCUGCAUCUCGGACGUUUGCCAAUGUUCAGGGAGAAGAUGUGAAUGUGAAGUGCUGAUGGCUUACGCUCGCGCAUGCAGGCGCGAAGGAGUGACGAUCAACUGGGGACGAAGAAAUACUUGUGGUAAGCUAUCGAAAUUAACUUUACUCACAAAGUCAAUUUGUAACCUUCUCUCUUCUCCAUUAGCCUUUUCUAGUCUUAUUUUGGUCAAGGGUAAGAUGUAAGACUCUGACGACUGUCGCACUAACGCAAAUAAGCUGCAGUUUCAAACAACGACGGCCAGAUUGACUCUAAUACUUAAUAAAGGUCGGGGCGUUUAAUUAAAAAAAAUACGGUAUAUACCAAACCAGUGAAUAUCUAAAAGUUGGAAAAAUUGCCGACAGCAAUUGACUUACUGUACCAAAUCAGAACGUAUUAUCCCCUUCGUGUUAGUCAAGGCUACUGCAUUUGAACUAAAUAAUACCAGAGAAAAAUUUCAUCAAGCUCACACUUUGACAUUACAUACAUCGGGUAUUUUGUGCUCACGGUGUCUAUGUCGAAGAAAAUUAAAGACAUCAGGAAGUACUAUCCUAGUGUGUACGUUGACCAUUAAUUUCAGGCAAAAUCUAUUAAUCUAAGCAUUUCUUGGAGUGCUGUUUUAUCUGUUCAAUGAUGAGCAAAAUAAUUCUCCAUUUUACAUCUGCGUACGAGACCCUGAAGUGUGACCAUUCAAAUGAAAGCUACUGAGCAAUACUUUCCUUUGGUGCUGUUUAUUAUGCUGCACAAGGUGGUUCUAACUUUUGACUAUGUGGAUGAAAUCCUAUGGUGUGACCGUUCAAAUGAAAGCUGCUGAGCAUUACUUCCCUGUGGUACUGUUUAUUAUGCUGAAAAAGGGGGCUCCCGGGUUUAGUUUGUAGAUGGAAUCUUGAGCUGUAAACAUGCAAGUGCAGAAAACUACAGGAUCAUUUCUUGAUUCCUUUUUUUUUAAAUGAAAUUCUAAGCUCAAAACUGAUAUAAGCUCGAGUAGUACCCACUCCCUCCCCCUUUGGACGAACAGUCUCUAUAAUACGAACACCUUAUACUAAAAUAGUCACCUGGAGCUGGUCUCUCCUUUUUUACUUCAUUCCUCUUCUUUGACCCUCAUAAAAGGCAGCGUUUAAUUUCAUGCAUAUGUGCAUCUGGUCAGCAGUCAACAGUCAUUAAGUGUCUAUUUUCCCGGUUGUAAGGAGUUUCCUGCAAAGGAGGAUCUGUGUUUGACGACUGCGUUCCUUCGUGUCAGCGGACGUGCGACAACAGAUUUGAUAUAAGCGUCCCGUGUCCCAGCAGUUCUUGCGUGCCCGGAUGUCGAUGCCCCGCGGGCACUGUUUGGAACAGCCAACGGACAAAGUGCGUUCAGCUGUGGGAUUGUCCUCCACAGGUAAGAGAAUUGAACACAAUAAUUUAA